AGGGAGCUGCAGCAAACCCCGCCCCGCCCGCCCGGGCCGAAAGCAGGAAGCGGGCGGCAGGGCAGCGGGGCCGGCUGGCUGGCAUCCUUGCGGGGAAAGCCCCUCCCCGCCUUGGUCCGGGGUCCGCGGGUCCCCAGCCGCCGCUGCCUCGCGCCCCGGGACUAUGGGGAGUCCAGCCCCGGAGCCCGCCGGACUCCCGCGGCGGCUCGGGCUCCUGCUGCAGCUCCUGGCUGUUGUGUCUCCCGCCUGCUCGGCCCUGUGGCUCCUCGACAACCCGGAGCCGAGCUGCUCGGAGUCGGAGCUUUUAAACUGUACUGUCCAGAAAAGUAACUGCCUGGAUGACAGUUGGAUCUACCCUUGCAACAUGACACCCUCUGACCCCAGAGAUGUCAACAUCCAAUUGGGCUUUGAACACAGCAGAAAAGGAGACCUGUUUCCUGUGGUGCACAUUGACUGGAAAGUGGGGACAGAUGGCAGCAUCCUGUUUCUUAAGGGCGCUGAGCUUUCGGUGUUGCAAAGGAGCACCAAUGAACACUUGUGCGUUAAGUUUAUUUUUCUAAACCAACUUCAGCAGCAAUUUCGACCAGAUGGGAAUAGGUGGCAUUUCACUUUCAACAAUUUUGUGGUGGAGCCUGGCCAAGAAUAUGAGAUAACAGUGCAUCAUUUGCCCAAAUCAGUGCCUAGAGGAGAUCCAAACCAUAAAUCUAUGUUUUUCCAGGCACCUGACUGCAGGCACUCCAAAAUGAGAGAGACUACCCCCUGUGUGAGCUCAGGAAGCCUGUGGGAGCCUGACAUCACAGGAGAAAGACUAAAGAACAACUCUCUGCUGGUGAGUUUUAACCAGGGGAAUGAAUCAACCUCUUAUAAUGUCCUCGUGAAUGGUUUUCCAGAGACAGAGACCAGCCGCUGUUAUGAAGACUUUCGGAUAAUUGACCAGCCCAUCCACGAUCGGGUUAAUGUCACAUUCGCCUUGCAAAAUAUGAAUGCCUGCUGCCAAUACAGUGUGCAGAUCCAGCCAUUCUUCAAGAGUUGUCAGAAUGACUGCCUUAGACACACACUAUCCAUUCCUUGCCCAGUGCCACCAUCACCAACACCCAGCUGCCUUCCAGAUAAUACAUCACUAUGGGUUUAUUGGUUUAUCACUGGCAUCUGUAUCCUGCUGGUGGGCUCUGUCAUACUCCUGGUCAUUUGCAUGACUCAGAGGAAACCUGAGUUCUCUGAUAAAUCUGAAAAUGACACCAAAAACCCUGACAUUCCACCCCAGGAUGAUCAGAGUCCUCCCCCCUUAAAGCCCCGGAAAGUCUGGAUCAUUUACUCAGCUGAUCACCCCCUCUAUGUGGAUGUGGUAGUUAAGUUUGCUCAGUUCCUCAUCACUGUCUGCGGUACUGAAGUGGCUCUGGACCUGCUAGAGGAGAAGCUGAUCUCAGAAGUGGGAGUCAUGGCUUGGGUGAGCCGACAAAAGCAAGAAAUGGAGGAGAGCAAUUCCAAGAUCCUCAUCCUGUGUUCUCGUGGCACCAGAGCCAAGUGGCAGGCAAUCCUUGGCUGGGAAGAGCCUGCCAUUCAGCUCCGGUAUGACCGAUGGAAACCUACUGGAGACCUGUUUACGGCCGCCAUGAAUGUGAUCCUUCCAGACUUCAAGAAGCCAGCCUGCUUUGGCAUGUAUGUGGUCUGCUAUUUUGAUGGCAUCAGUGAUGAGUCGGAUAUCCCUGACCUAUUCAACAUCACCUCUAAAUACCCACUGAUGGAGAAGUUUGAGGAGGUUUAUUUCCGGAUCCAGGAAUUAGAGAUGUUUGAGCCAGGUAGGGUGCACCGGGUCAGAGAGAUCACUGCUGAAAAUUACCUCCAAAGCCCCAGCGGCUGGCAGCUUAAGGAAGCAGUACAGAGGUUCCGGGAAUUACAGAUUGAAUGCCCUAACUGGUUUGAACAGGAGAACACCUGUUUGGAAGAUGAAGACAACUUGUCAUUGCUGAGUGGAGAAAUGACUGAGGAGUCUCUAUUACCACCAGUAGGGAGAAUAAUAAAACAGGUGCCUCUAAUACAGGAGCCUUCUCCUAGGGACCAUUUGGUGGUAGACCUCUUCUUAAAUGAGGAAGAAGGGAUCUCUAGACUGAACCCUCAGGUUCUGCCCCAAAUGGCUACUAUCAACCACCAAACAGUAGUCCCCAUAGAAGAGACUCAACUGACUUCCAUAAUAGAGCCUUUACAUAAGAAUGGUGAGAUCAAAGCCAGCCGACAGGCAGUGAUAGAUGAAGAUGACAUGGAAUGUGUCCCACUGAUGGAGACCAGUGUUCCCCAUCAGAAUGGUGUAUUCCUCCUUCCCAUGGACUCUGAAGCUUCCCUUCUCUCAAGUACUCCAGUGCCUUCCCCCAACUACCUUCCAGCUCCAGUGAGAGAACAGUUAGAGGGUUUAAUGUAUUCCUUCUUCCAGCAGAGCCUAAGUGUUCCAGGUGAGGAAGAAUGGAAAAGACAGCAACUGGUCUUCAAUGACCCUUAUACACCUUAUGAGGAAGAACAGAGGCAGUCAAUGGAGUCUGACCAGGGCUACAUCUCAAGGAGCUCUCCACAGCCUCCCGAUGGGCUUGUGGAAGAGGAGGAGGAAGAAGAAGAAAAGGAAGAGCAGGAUACAGAGUUUCUCUCACCCAGUGUUCUGGAGAAUCUGAAAAGCCUUCAACAGCAACUGUUAUUCCAGGAGAUACAACAGAACUCUAAUUGGGACUGUCUAGAUGGAAGGAGAUUAUCUACAGAAUUGUAGCCAUCCUAUUAAGUGUGUUAGACGUUUGAAUCUUCAAAGAGAAAGAAAGAAAAUGAAUAUAUAUAAUUCUAUCUUGAUUCUAAUGAUGAGAAUCUCAGGAAUAAACUUUUCUCUCUUUUAAAUGUGUCUUCCUCCUAAAACAACUCCAUUUAUAAACAUGUAUAAGUCUUUCCCAGUGACUUAGCACUGAAGUAUCAAUUAAUUCCCAGUAAUGAGCUAUUACCUAUCCAUAUUGGGGGAAGGAAAGAAUAUUAAUAGGGAACAGAAAAAAGGAAAGGUUUAAAAUACCAAAAGCAAAGGAAUCUAACUAAAAUCCUCAGUUCUUGUCUGAACGUAAAUCAAUUAGGUGAUGAAGAGGGAUCCCUUAUUUUCUGAGUUGCAGUAAGAAGUUUUUCAGAUGGUAACGGGGAUGGAUUUUUAAAGUUGCAGCUUCCUAAGAUAAUUUGAGAUCUGGGCUCUCACAGUGUCCCACUUAAAGACUUUAAAGUCCCUUAAUCAUAUAAAGUCUGGCUAAGGAGUGUUUAAUAACUCAAAAGUACAGACUGACAUGUUAACUUAAUGAGGAACACCUUGUGGAGAAAAGUCAUCAUACAGACUUAUCACCUUCCCUUUAAACCAGAAUAGCACUUUGAAGCUCCAUUCUUAUACUGAUUCCCUGGGAUGGACUUGAAUAGUAAACUCAGAAGGCAUUAAAGCUGCAAGGCAAGAUAAAGAUAUUUAUUGUAACCUCCAUUUUUUGAAAACUAUGGAAAUUAAGACCCAGAUUGCCAAACUGCUACUACUAUGACUACUGCCCACUUUUGCUCCUAGAGGGCUGAAUCACCAAAGGAUGACUGUAUCUUUGAUUAUACAGUUUAUGUUCCUAAUGCUAUGACUCAAGAGCCUUUACCAAUGUGCUUCCCAUUAAAAGUCAUGCAGUAUAUCUGUUCAAUUAGCUUUUUUUGCAAUGGUAUAAUAAAAUAGUUCAUACAAUCAUUUCUCUCAUAAACUGAAAUAUAAUCUUCCACAAAUACACAGGAAGAGUGGGAUCAAACUUAAAUAAAUUGAUGGUGAAACACAUGAGUGAGAUAGAAUUCCUCCCUCAUCUCAAUUUUGUUCCAGUUAAUUACAUAGCAACAAGGAGAACAAAGUAAAAUCCAAAUGCAUUUCCCCAAGCAUUAUACCUUCACUUUAUCCACAUCAUGCUUCACUUGGAGCUAUGGACACUGGCUUCUUGCCAAAAAAUCUCUCAACUUAUCAAAAUUUUCAUGAAAUUUCCCCAGCUUCUUCAAGAAGCAUGUAUUGUUCAAUGUUUCCAUAUUGAUGUCAUUUGGCAGGCUCCUUCACCACCACAGUCAUAGUGAUGAUAUGCUCUUGUUCUGGAUACAUAAUUGUAUCCUGUUUAUUUUUUGUUCUCCCUUAUUUUGUGCCAUUUAUUUAAUACCACUACCACCCACAAGGAUUUCCAAGUAAAUGUCAAGCAGUUUUGAAAAUUCUUUCAGACAGAAUUCAUUCUCAAUUCACAGCACUAGCUAAGAGUGAAGGGUACUACUGAUUUUUGUCUUAGAGUUCUUUGACCCAGGAUAUCCCCUAGCCUCUACCCUAGAUCAAAGUCAUCAAUGUUUUGUGAAUCUUUUUGCAUAUUUGUAUAUAAGUGUAUUAUUUUGACUGAUGGCAAAUAAACACCUUAAUACUUA